ACGAGGUUUCAUUUGUUUUAUCCGAUGAUAAAAGAGGGAGAAAUUUACAUUUGUUAUUCCAUCGGUGUUCGAGGGGUCUGAGCGAGAAAAUAAGGAUGGGCAAGGAGGAGGUCGCGGUGGCGGAGGAGGAGGAGGUCGCGGUGGCGGAGGCGGAGGCGUACAGGGCAUGUCCACAUUUACAAGAGUACAGAUCGACGCAAGGUCUCCGGGGUUUCAGAGUGGUGCAAAAAUGUUUAUGGCAGUCAGGCUGCUCUCCCGGCAGGUGGAGCGUUAAAGGAGAGCCCACGCAUGCGCCCAUCUGCGGUACCUGCGGGGAAGGAGGAAUAUUAUACGCAUGUCUUGUCUGUGCAAACAUCAACUGCAACAAUCAUCUCCGUCUCCAUUCCCAAAAGAGAGCGAGCCACACCAUUGCAGUAGAUUUAGACAGAGCGGAGCUUUACUGCAGCGUUUGCAAUGAUCAAGUCUAUGAUCCCGAUUUUGAUAGGCUGGUCUUGCUCUCUUCCCCCCACCAUCAUCAUGAUGAUGGUGAUGAUAAGGGAAAACGUAAUAGUGUCGUGACAUGGGGACGCCAGAAGAGAAGGAAAAUUGCUGAAUACAAGGCUUGGGUGGCAGGCCCUAACGAAAAGACACUGAUGAGACAAAGAGCCACUAGGCUGAAUUGUGAAGGAGACGAAGAAGAAGAGAGAUGGCCCUGGGGUUUGAGGGGACUGAAUAAUUUGGGCAAUUCCUGCUUUAUGAAUUGUGUGCUGCAAACCCUUCUGCACACCCCUCCUCUCAGAAAUUAUUUCUUGAGCGAUCGCCACAACCGUGCGUUUUGUCACAACAAUAAAAAUGGCUGCAUUACUUGUGACAUGGAUGAUAUUUUUUCUGCUUCUUUCUCUGGAGAUCGGACUCCCUAUAGCCCCGCACGAUUCCUUUACAGUUGGUGGCAGCAUGCUGCAAAUUUCGCAGGCUAUGAGCAGCAGGAUGCACAUGAUUUCUUUAUUUCAACGGUUGAUGGGAUCCAUGCUAACUAUGCAAUAAGCUCACCCAAAAGCAGACUAUCGCAGAAGCAACAAUGCAAUGCAGGUGCUGUAGAGUGUCGAUGCAUUGUUCACAAAGUGUUCUCAGGUAUUCUCAGAUCAGAUGUCAUAUGCACUGUAUGCAACUCUACUUCGACAACUUAUGACCCUUGCUUGGACAUUUCCUUGGAUUUAGAACCAAGCACCGCAUCCUUGAGUAACCUGGCAGAUUUGAGUGGCGGCAAUUUGAGGGGUGAUCUGUUCAAGAAAGGACAUAUAACUGGCACUUCCACCCUUCUUGGUUGUUUGGAUAGAUUCACGAGGCCUGAAAGACUUGGUUCAAAUGAAAAAUUCUACUGUAAGCAUUGCCAGACACGCCAGGAAUCCAUAAAACAGAUGUCUGUGAAGAAGUUGCCAUUGGUAUUGUGCUUUCAUAUCAAGAGAUUUGAGCACUCAACAACCCAGCGCACCUCAAAAAAGGUUGACCGUUAUAUGCAAUUUCCCUUCAGUUUGGAUAUGGCUCCUUACAUGUCUUCUUCCAUUGUCAGAUUGAGAUAUGGCAACAGAAUUUUGACUGUAGAGCCUAAUGUUAAAAUGCCUCCAGUGUCUGGAAAGACGCCAUCUGUGUUUGAUCUCUUUGCUGUGGUGACUCACUCAGGAAGAAUGGAUUCUGGCCACUAUGUUGCUUUUUUGAGGAGGGGUGAAAAUUGGUAUAAAUGUGAUGAUGCAUGGGUAAAUCAAGUCAGCCAGCAAGCGGUAAGGGCUUCUCAAGGCUACAUGUUGUACUAUGUUCAGAAAACUUUUCAUUAUGGAACAAGUGGUUCAGAGUUUGAUCUGAAAUUUUGAUCAGGUAUAAAGCUUUAAUGUUUAUGGCAAUACUUGCAGUAACGAAAGUCAAUCUUUCAAGCCAUUUAAUAUACUUGGCUAGAUCAAUAUUGGCACAACGUCAGCCCAGGCUAUCAGACAAAGUCAUUAGGCAUCGUGUCAUGCCCCAUUGCAAUAUUAGCUUCCCAAAGAAGCUGAAAUGAAAAUCUUUGCAUAGGCAAGCACUGAUGCAACAAAAAAUUUAAUGAGUAAUCAAACUCAAUUAUCAUACACAAUGAUAUUUCUUCUUUAGUGUCCUGUAUAAUAUAAAUUCUGUACAAUGCUAUUCGUUUCA